CAGUAGCCAAUCCUCGUCUUUCCUCAGCAGGCGUGCAGAAUCACAGCCCCCGGCGCUAGGAUCCAGAGGGCAGGGCUUUGAUUUCUCAACUAAUUCCACUGGCAAAACACGAAACGCUCAUAUGCACAACUUCCUGGAUAGAGAAGCGGACCGCGCCGAAUGUCAUCGAAGCGACUUACUUUGUAGAUGCGCGUGUGCGCGAGCCGCUGUACAGAAGAAGAACUGAACGAGCGCGAGCGUCUCAAAGUGCGUCCGGUUGGGAUUAACUUGAGAAUGUAAAGAGCAUGUAAAGGACGCCACAAAAAGCAGAAGUGUGCGCGGAUUGUGGGCUGUCCGAAAUGUCCCACGAAACAGGCUCAAGGUUUGUCGCCGGUCAUUAAAAUCGCCUCCAUCACUUGUAACGUUAAUUCUUUUGGUUAGUCAAGUGAGCGUGUUUCCUUCAUUGACGCUCGAUUUGAUCCGCCAUUCCGUGUUGCUCUAAUUGCGCAUUUGGACAUGUGGAGACAGCGAGGAUCGUGUCGUGUGAGGAUGUUGUGUUUGACUUUAUCAGCCCUUCUCAUCCAACCCAUCAUCUGUCAUCCCGCUUCUCGUGUGGAAACAGAGCGUCGUGGGAGUUCAGCCACUCAAAGAGAGCGGAGGGCGUCUGGGGAACCCUAUUGGGCGUAUUCAGGCACAUAUGGACCACGUAGGUGGGCCUCUGCUUAUCCAGAAUGUGGAGAAAGGAAUCAGUCUCCGGUGGAUAUCCCAGAUCUAGACACCCAGGUCUCUCAGGAGUGCCAGGAGCUAACCUUGGAUGGCUUUGAAUCCAAAACAUCAAACAGGACCACCAUGAAGAACACAGGCAAAACAGUGUCUAUUGUUCUAAAGAAUGAUUACUUUGUGAGAGGGGCCGGCCUACCUGGACGCUUCAAAGCAGAGAAGGUGGAGUUUCACUGGGGGAGCACCAAUGGAUCAGCUGGUUCUGAGCACAGUAUCAAUGGAAAGAAGUUUCCAGUAGAAAUGCAGAUUUAUUUCUACAAUUCGGAUGAUUUUGACAGUCUGAGCACCGCGAUAAAGGAGAGACGAAUCAUCGCCGCCAUGGCUGUCUUCUUUCAGGUGGGGAAAAAAGACAACACUGCAGCUGAGCCCAUCAUCACAGGUCUCAAACGGGUAGUCCAUCAUGAGAAGGAAACAAACCUUGGUCCAUUCAUACUGAGGGAUCUGUUGCCAUCAUCCUUGGGAAGUUAUUACCGCUACACCGGCUCGCUAACGACACCUCCCUGCAGUAAAGUCGUAGAGUGGAUCAUCUUCAGUCAGCCUGUUUACCUGUCCUACCACCAGCUGGAGGCGUUCUUCUCCAUCUUCACCACAGAGCAGCAGGAUCAUGUGAAGUCUGUGGAUUACCUGAGGAAUAACCAUCGGCCCACUCAAGAUCUCGACAGCCGCCAGAUCUUCAGAUCGGCUCUGAUGGACGCUUGGAUGCCAGACCUCAUGACAGACAGCAUGGCCAGCGCUGCAGACUCAGAAACUUCUCGAGUCUGCAGCAGCAUCCCUGACAACAUGAAGGUCCACCUUCUGAACAGAACUGCUCUUGUGUUGACCUGGGACAGACCGUCAUCUGUCUACCACCCGCCUAUAGUGGGCUUCCUUGUCUCCUACAGCUGGGUGAAGGAUGAAAUGCCUUUUGAGAAGACCUUCACGCAGAGCAGCGAACACAGCACGAGGGCAGUCAUCACACACGUGUCUCCAGAUGUCCUGUAUCUGUUCAGAGUGCAAGCUGUGUGUCAGAGAGACCAGCGCAGUGACUUCAGCCAAACACUUUUAUUCAAAGCAAACACCACAAGGAUAUUCGAGGGCACACGGAUUGUGAAAACCGGAAUGCCCACGGUUUCCCCCGCCUCUUCUGCAGACAUGGCCCCUAUAAGCUCGGGCUCCUCAACCUGGACAUCCGCUGGUCUCCCCUUUUCCUUUGUCUCAAUGGCUACGGGAAUGGGGCCUCCAUCCAGUGGUGGACAAGCCACUGUAGCAUCUGUAGUGACCAGCACUCUGUUGGCCGGACUGGGUUUCAGUGGCAGUGUGAUUUCUUCUCUCCCAGGAUCCUUUUGGCCAACCCACUCUACAAACUCAGGCCCCACGCCCACUCAACAUCCAGCCAAAAACACCCCAUCUGACAGCAACAUCCUGACCUCUGAGGACAGCACCGAAGCUAAUAACAAACAGGAAGAAGACCGUGAAAGACAGGAGAAAGAGAAAGAAGAAGAAGAAGAGGAGGAGGAGGAGGAGGAAGAGGAGCAGGGAGAAGAGGAGAAGAAAAAAAAGGGGAAAGAUGUGACAGUCAAGGACAAAAAGCAGGACAAAGGGCUGCCCCAAAAACCAACUUCCCCUGUCCCAACUUCAAAACACAGGGAGAGGGGUGGAGAGAGGCCUGGUGUUAACACUGAGAACUCCACAUUGACCCCUAGAACAGUGGAAGAGCAGGUGCCUCGUGCCACAGAGAAGCCGACGUGGCUGGUAGAGAAUGACACUGUAGACAUGCAGCUUCCCUCCAGCUCAUCAGAGACCACCGAACUCGCCAAUGAAGAGAAGGCGCUCUGGCCAUACUUCAUUCACACUGAGAGGAACAGCAUCUCCACUGUCACCAGAGACCCGGUGUCAGCAUCCAGCCGGAUGGAGUGGAUCAUCCCCCUGAUGGUGGUCUCUGCCCUCACGCUGCUCUGUCUGAUCAUGCUGCUGGCUGUCCUGGUCUACUGGAGGAGAUUCUUCCAGACCGCACAUGUGUACAUUGAAGACAGGAACUCUCCCAGAGUGAGCCGCAAUGACAGUUUCCCCGUCCUGUCUACAGCGG